AUGUCAGAGGCUUUGUUGAAGUGGUGUGUGGACCAGCUACACCACAAGUUUGGGUUAGAGGCAUGUGAAGACAUCGUUCAAUACAUUCUAUCCAUCGGAAAUGCUGACGAGAUCGAGGAGUAUGUGGGAGACCUCCUACAGGGCACCGAUGGGAGAAAAGGACAGUUUAUAAAUGAGUUCCUCAGCAGAUGGAAGAAGACUCAAAGACAGGCCACAGAUACCUCAGGUCUUAUCCUUCACAAGGAAUCCUUUUCUUCACCAGAUUCACAAGACAUGUCCAAAGAUACCCAGAAGAAGUCUAAACGCAAGGGCCGUAACAAACAGGAGCUGAUGACUGUGAGCCAAACAGAACCUGAGCCAGAGGCAGUCAAAACACCCAUUGAUCUGAUGAGGGCCCACGAAAACAGUAGUACUUCUUCAACAAAGAAGAAAAGUAAGUUUGUCAGUCUCUAUGCUAAAGAGGGACAAGACAAGCUGUCUAUCUUACUCCCAGGGCGGCACGCGUGUGAGUGCCUUGCCCAAAAGCACAAACUUAUCAACAACUGCAUCAGCUGUGGUCGUAUCGUGUGUGAGCAAGAGGGCUCCGGACCCUGCCUCUUCUGUGGAAGUCUGGUCUGCACAAGAGAGGAGCAGGAGAUCCUGCAACGAGACUCCAACAAAAGCCAGAAACUCAGAAAGAAGCUUAUGGGAGACGGUGGAGAAAGAGAUUAUCUCCCACACCAAGAGGCACAGAUGAAGGCCGGCUUGGAGAAGGCUGUCCAGCACAAAGACAAACUGCUGGAAUAUGACAAGAAUAGUGUCAGGAGAACGCAGGUUCUGGAUGAUGAGUCGGAUUACUUUGCCACUGAAUCCAAUCAGUGGUUGUCACCCAGUGAGCGAGAAAAGCUGAGGAAAAAGGAGGAGGAGCUGAGAGAACUUCGCCAUGCCUCUCGCAAGGACCGAAAGAUCACGUUGGACUUUGCUGGCAGACAAGUGGUUGAUGAGGGAAACAACCUUAAUGAGUACUACAACAAGUUGGAUGAGACUCUCAUGGCUAUGAACAGCGACUCUACGUCAAAAUCGGCAAUGUACUCUGAAAGGCAAGGUGGAAGGCAGACCCUCGGAGAGCUGGUCAACCCCAACAUAAUGCAGUCUGCACCAGAGUGGGUGGAUGUUGGAGGCAGUGGAAGCCACAAGAGGAAUCUAAAGCAGGGAAAGAGCUCGGCAGAGGACAAGGGAGGAGAAGAACGUUGCAAGUUGCGGCUCCAAGACAAAGACCUUCAGGAGAUGUCUGACGGGGGCUGGUGCCUUAGCAUGCACCAACCGUGGGCCACACUGCUGGUCAAAGGCAUCAAGAGGGUUGAGGGGCGAACGUGGUACACAUCCCAUCGGGGUCGUCUUUGGAUUGCUGCUGCAGCCAAGCAGCCGACUCCUCAGGAGAUUGCUGAGGUUGAAGCCAUCUACCGCCAUGUCUACAAGAAAGAGCCCAGGUUCCCCAAAGACUACCCCACUGGCUGUCUGUUGGGCUGCGUCAACGUGACCGACUGCCUGUCUCAGGAGCAGUUCAGAGAACAGUUCCCUGAUACCUGUGAGGAGUCUGCCUCCCCAUUCGUCUUCAUCUGCACCAACCCCCAGGAGCUGCUGGUGAAAUUCCCCAUGAAAGGGAAGCACAAGAUCUGGAAGCUGGAGACUCACUACCACCAGGGUGCCAAGAAGGGGCUGGUCCCAUCAGCUGCAGACUGACGUCAGAUGAGAAGCUGAGGAGGAAAAACAGUCUGGUCUCAUGGGAACAUGGCAAAUUAUGUUUUCCAAAAAAAAUUGCUUCAUUCUACACUGGGUUGUCCUGACAUUAUAUCAGGAGUUAUCAAAACUGACAGCUGCAGCUCUGUCUGUGUUGUUAAUUGGUGGCAUUUGCAUUUUACAUAAGGAAAAUUGCUUAAAAGUAUGCAGUACAUAGACAUAUAAUAAUGUUGACAAAUUUCUACAUUCUGCUUUGUCUCUAUUUUGAUUGUUUGCAGAAAUAAAAACUUGAAUUAUGUG